AUGGACGAUAUCGAAGUUCGAAAACCCACGAGCUUCCGGCCUCCAUGGGUUACUGACUAUGUUGUUGAUACUUCAGUGACGGUUCCUUUCCAGAUGCAAGGAAAUCGCGCGGCUGUGGGCCUCUAUGUCGGUGAUCAAGAGGGUGGCUUGGCUUGGGUUAGUGCUGAGACCUAUGCGCAGGCAGAUGGAGUCCCUGCAUUAGAAUGGAUGCUGCAUGCUCGUUUGCCCAGUGCCAGUCCAGAGAGACUUGGCCAUUCUGAUAUUGUGCGUUGCGUACUAUGGGACGACAUGAAACAACUGCUCUAUACGGGUGGUGAGGAUGGCCGCAUACUGGCCUGGUCACUGCAGCAAUCGGAGCCGCCUGAAGCAGCUGUGCGUGCAUCUGCGGAUCCUAGCACAACGCAUGGAGGACGCCCUCGCCUCACCGGCAUCGACUCGAGCAAGCGCAGGUACUCUCCAUACGCCUAG